CGCUGCUGAGCGCUUGCGAUACAUCCUUGGUGAAGAUGAUGAUGGCCCCACACCCACGCUCUUCACGGAGAUGGACACCUUGCAACAUGACGGGGACGAGCUGGAAUGGAAGGAGUCAGCCAGAUGGGUGAAAUUUGAAGAGAAGGUGGAGGAGGGUGGCGAGCGUUGGAGCAAGCCCCACGUCUCCACGUUGUCCCUGCACAGCCUGUUUGAGCUGCGGACAUGCCUGCAGACGGACACCGUGAUGCUGGACUUGGAUGGAUAUUCAUUACCACAGAUCAUAGAUGAUAUAAUCGACAAGCAGAUUGAAGAUGGACUCAUUCAGCCUGAUGUGCGGGAACAGAUCUCCUUCAUCCUACUGAGAAAGCACCGACACCAGACAAAGAAACCUAUCCAUCGCUCCUUGGUGGACAUUGGGAAGUCAUCCACGACAUCGUCAGCAGCAAGGAGCCCCAGCCGAUCUCCAGGCACUCGGGCAAACUUUUACCGCUCCACUGAGGACUUGGGGAUGAGGCAAUCUUCCAGUUACGGCCGACUACGACAUGCUCAAAGCAGAAGCAUGAAUGAUAUCGCCGACACUCCCAGCACUGACCAGCUCAAGAACAAAUUCAAGAAGAAGAUACCACGCGACUCGGAAGCCUCAAACAUCCUGGUGGGAGAAGUGGACUUCCUGGAGAAACCCUUUGUCGCUUUUGUUCGUCUCCUGCAACCGACCAUGUUGGGUGGGCUGACAGAGGUGGCCGUACCAACAAGGUUUAUUUUUAUUCUGCUGGGCCCCCAAGGAAAAGGCAAAUCUUACAGCGAGAUUGGAAGAGCUAUGGCCACUCUUAUGGUGGAUGAUCUCUUCAGUGACGUGGCUUACAAGGCGAGAGACAGAGAUGACUUGAUCGCAGGCAUCGACGAGUUCCUCGAUGAGGUCAUCGUCCUUCCUCCUGGCGAAUGGGAUCCCAAAAUCCGGAUCGAACCCCCCAAGAAAGUGACAUCAGCCGAGAAGAGGAAGUCCGUCUACUCUCUCAACGAGGCGGGCCAGAUGAACGGAUCCGCGGGAUGUGGCGGGGCAGGCGAUGACGAGGAGAUGCCUGUAGCGCAUGAGCUCGGGGAAGAGUUGACCUGGACGGGAAGGUUCUGUGGAGGUCUGAUGCUGGACAUCAAGAGGAAGCUACCCUGGCUGUCCAGCGACUUCUACGAAGGCUUCCACAUCCAGUCCAUCUCCACCAUCCUCUUCAUCUACCUGGGCUGCAUCACCAACGCCAUCACCUUUGGCGGGUUGCUGGGCGAUGCCACGGACAACUACCAGGGCGUGAUUGAGAGUUUCCUGGGCACGGCGUUUACCGGUGCGGUCUUCUGUCUGUUCGCUGGGCAGCCGCUCACCAUCCUGAGCAGCACUGGGCCCAUCCUCAUCUUCGAAAAGCUGCUGUUUGACUUCAGCAAGGGUAAUGGCAUAGACUACCUGGAAUUUCGACUCUGGAUUGGUCUCCAUUCCGCCUUUCAGUGCCUCGUUCUGGUCGCCACGGACGCCAGCUACAUUAUUAAGUACAUCACGCGUUUCACGGAAGAGGGCUUCUCCAUGCUCAUCAGCCUCAUCUUCAUCUACGACGCCAUCAAGAAGAUGAUCGGAGCCUUCAAGUACUACCCCGUCAACUCCUUCUACAAGCCCGACUAUGUGACCAUGUACAAGUGUGAGUGUGUAGCUCCAGACACAGUGAACACAACCUUCUUCAACGCUUCAGAUUCGCUGGCGUUUAACAACACUAAUAUUUAUUUGUACAAUGUUGGCAACAACACAGCCCUCGACUGGAGCCAGCUCAGCAAGAAGGAGUGCCUGAAGUACGGUGGCAGCCUGGUUGGCAAGUCCUGCAAGUAUGUCCCAGACCUGGCCCUCAUGUCCUUCAUCCUCUUCUUCGGCACCUACUCUCUGACCACGACCCUCAAAAAGUUCAAGUCCAGUCGUUAUUUCCCAACCAAGAUCCGGGGCCUGAUCACUGACUUUUCCACGGUUAUCUCCAUCCUUGUGUUCUGUGGGAUCGAUGCUGCAGUCGGACUGGAUACCCCCAAGCUGCAUGUCCCCAACAGAAUCAAGCCGACACGGGCGGACAGAGGGUGGUUUGUUGUUCCCUUCGGGAAAAACCCCUGGUGGGUCUACCUGGCCAGCGCUCUGCCAGCUCUCCUCGUCACCAUCCUCAUCUUCAUGGACCAACAGAUCACCGGAGUGAUUAUAAACAGGAAGGAGAACAAGCUGAGGAAAGGCGCUGGUUACCACCUGGACCUGUUCUGGGUUGGUCUGCUGAUGGGCGUCUGCUCCUUCAUGGGGCUGCCCUGGUACGUGGCGGCCACCGUGAUUUCCAUCGCCCACAUUGACGGUCUGAAAAUGGAAACCGAAACCAGCGCGCCCGGAGAGCAGCCGCAGUUUCUCGGGGUGAGGGAACAAAGAUUUACCGGCCUUGUUGUCUUCAUUCUCACGGGAGUCUCCGUCUUCCUCGCUCCAGUUCUGAAGUACAUUCCAAUGGCCGUACUUUAUGGAGUCUUCCUUUACAUGGGCGUGGCCUCAUUAAAUGGUAUUCAGUUUUGGGAUCGAUGCAAACUCUUCCUCAUGCCAUCGAAGCACCAGCCUGAUUACAUCUACCUACGCCACGUGCCCCUUCGACGGGUCCACCUAUUCACCUUGGUACAAGUCAUCUGCCUAUCUGUCCUCUGGAUCUUAAAGUCCACUGUGGCUGCCAUCAUUUUCCCCAUUAUGAUCCUUGCGCUCAUCCUCGUGCGGAAGAUGCUGGAUCUAGUCUUCACCCAGCACGACCUGGCCUGGUUGGACGACAUCCUCCCGGAGAAAGACAAGAAGAAAGAGGAAGACAAGAAGAAGAAAAAGGUGAAGAGUAAAGACCAGGACAGAAACAGCGUUGAUGAGGAGAAAGGUCCUCCAAUUGGAGCUGUACAUGCUGAGAUAUCACCGGGCAACUCUGACUCACUUGACCGCAGUAUAACUCUACACCUCAAGAUUUCCUGCCCACCCUCGCCUGCUUUCAGCCACGCCCGGAACACCAUCUGCUCAGUUCCGCAGUUCAAGAUCGAGAUGGAGUCCGAUUACAACGACGCAAACACAGAGAGGGGCCGGGGAGACCUGGACGGAGAGACCACCUUGUAG